AUGACUUAUGAUCUUUUUGAGUGUGUGAUUUCAAACAUUUACGCACCCAAUGAUGUUGAUAAUAGAGCACUUGAAGGGCUCAACAUUCUAUUAAAAAGGGCAAAGGAGAUAGGAUUGUUAAAGGGUGCUUCUAUUGAGCCAUCUAAGUUGAAGCUUUCUCGUCUUCAAUUUGCAGACAAUAAUAUAAUCUUCUAUGAAGAUGUGAAGGAGGAAAUUAUAGUUAUUAAAAGGAUUCUUAAAUGUUUUGAAGUGAUAUCAGGGCUUAAGAUUAAUUUUCACAAGAGUGUAGUAUGUGGUGUAGAAGUGUCUGAUGAGAAGGCCAAGGAGUUUGCCUCUAUUCUGAAUUGUUCAAGUCAAAAACUACCUCUGAAGUAUUUAGGUUUUCCUCUUGGUGCUAGCCUGAGAAGCAGGAGGACUUGGAAACCAGUGGUUGAUAAGAUCAGGUUCACGUUGGCAUCAUGGAAGAGAAAACUUUUGUCUUUUGCUGGUAGCCUUACUUUGAUAAGGUUGGUAUUGUCAAAUUGA